AUGGCUCCGAAUUUGAGGAAGAAUGCGGAGGAGGAUUUUGUAUGGAUCUAUGGCACGUUUAAAGUAUAUUUCAAAUACUUGCAGAAAUCAAAUCGAUUUUGUUACAGAAAAAGGAGAAGGCCUUCGAGUUCCAUCCGAAGCUCCAAGAUCACAUCGAGGAUUCUUUCCAGAAGGGUCAAAAAUCUUGCAGAAUGCACGUGUUCGGCGACCUUUGGACCUUGGAGUUCACCCGAAUGAUAAAGAAACGUGAAAAUCUUCCGGACGAAAAGAUUAAGUGGGUUCAAUUUUCCAUUAAUAUUCUUGAUCUUCGCUUCAGAAGAGUUCUUCGUGCCGAGUUCAAUCAGCACGGUGUGCAAGGUGUUUCUGGCGCUGCCUACGGUUUGUGUACGUGUCUCUAUAUGUUUCUGAAAUUCCGUUCAGAAAAGAAGGCCGCAUUCGUACACACCGAUCCCACAUGCCACAUCUGCCUGUACAAAGUGCUCAUCCCAACCAAAGUAGAAUCUUGCGGACAUACAUUCUGUUUUAUGUGUUUAAAGAGUGAGAUAUCGAUUGUUGUUCCGUUUAGCAACUGUUUCUUUUCAGGCAAUGUCAUGGCCGGAAUGGAGUGCCCCACUUGCAGAGCGCACAUUCCGCCAUCUCUCUUCCAGUCGCCGAUCCGCAACGACUUGGACAUUCACAUGGAAUGUCCGGAAGAGUACAUCGAAGACGUCACGGCCAUGUUCAAUACACGAGGUCUUCCGUAGUUCAGACGCGUUGUAAACAGCGUAACGAACUUUUCAGGAGAGGUUCAAGCUGAGCCGUUGCGCCGUUCCCGUCGAUCUUCUCGUAUCAAGUAUUAUUGGAUUUACGAAGACGUACGUCGAUGAUUAACGUUUUUCUGAACUAGACGAUCACUUUGCUGUGUUUACAGAAGGAGCAGAACGGAUGGUUCCGUUUCGAUCCACGAAAUGAACGCUUUAUCGAAGAGAGUUUCAUUCGCAAGAAGGAGAAGUGCCGCGUUAGUGAAAGAGACUAAGGAACUUGAGCAAUUUUUCUGUUUCAGCUCUUCAUCGCCGGUUGCUGGGUUACGAUUUUCUUUGAAGAAAUGCUCCAAGAGCGCACCAAGCGCGGAAUUACUCACAGGAGAAAGAUAAAGUGAGCAGGAAACACAAACAAUUUGAUAUAGUAUGUUUUCAGAAGAGUCAAGGCUACCGAUCUGGACAAGUACUCCGUCAGAGGUAUUGCGGGUAUUUACGGUUACGUGAGAGCGAUCAAAUGA